AUGGCUGCGCGCGGGGCGUUCCUGGCGCCGGCGCUCGUGCCCGUGAGCAGCUGCUUCGUGAACCUCCCCCCGGCCUUCGUGCAGACCUUCCUGGGCGGCCCCGAGCUCGUGGGCGCUGGGUCGACGAUCCUCGAGCUGUCGUGGGAGACGGUGGACGGUUACGUCCAGCGCGUGUGCGUGGGCUGGAUCGGCGGCCUCGUCAAGGACGGAGCGCUGCGGAGUGAUGUGGUUGAAGUGCCGGCGGAGUUGGCGCGCUGUGUUGGGCUGCAAGAUCACCUGGAGAAGGCACCGCAGACGUUCAUUGGCGUUCAUGUGGUGGACGCGCUGCCCAUUGCUCGGCAGGUGAACGUGGAGCCCUGCACGCCGGACGACUGGGAGCUCAUUCAGCUGCAUGCGGGCGCUAUCGAGACGGAACUGCUGCGACAGAUGUGUGUGGUCAAUGACAAGCAAGUGAGUCCGAUCUGGAUCAACCAGAACACGCUCAUUCGAGUCCGCGCGUCUCUCCCCGUUGGAAUGGAGCACGCGCGAUUGACGCCGAUAUCUGAGGUCAUUGUGGCCCCCAAAGAGCGCCAAGUGCAAGAACAAGAGCGCGGUCUGAGCCCCGAUUUGUACUAUGAGCAGUCGUCGCCACUGCUUGUCCAGGAAGAUAUCGGUACACUACAAAACGAUACGGUCGAUGAACUGUGGGUCCACCCAGAAACUCUAGCUAUGCUCGACGGUGCAAUCAUCCCCGAUGCUCCUUCGGAUGCCCAACAAGCUCCUGUAGUCGCGUUGUGGAGCCCGGAAUCUAAAUCUCCUGCGAGGACGACUCCUGAAUCAAACGAGCAAGGUGAAAACCCACGAGCUCAACCGACAUGCUGCUAUGUUGCGAAACUAAAGGCAUCCCACGAAGUUAUCCGAGGUCAUGUGGUGCUCAACCAAGGUGCAAGUGCUAGCCUGGGCGUCACUGCGAACCAAUCCGUCCACCUGCGCGUGCUGAAGCUGCCGGAGCUUCCCCCUGCUUCGGUGACGUUGUUCACCAUUCCCGAUGGUACUGACGGCGAAUACUCUGUCUUGGCGAACCGCAUUCAGCAGGCAUUUUUGCGGCGGAGUAGCUCCGCCGACCGCAGCCAUGUCGUGAGCUCUGGAUCGGUUCUUCGCCUUCAGCUGGAUAGUGGCGAAAUUGUUCAUACAAUUGUUGAGGUCCAGUAUGACACAGAGGAGACCUUUAGCGCUGAGCAACUGAAAGGCGUUCCAGUCGGGGCGUUAGAGAAGUACACUGUGCUGGGUGGGAGCAACGGCGGCAAUAUCCUAUCGUUAAACCAAGUCACUGUUCAAAACGCAGCUGGAUCCCAACAGCAAGUCUUAGUGAAGAUGCGCUCCAAGGCUCCAUCAGUCAGCGCGUUGAACCUUUCAGUUCUGGAGCUAUCACGUGGAGCAAAGGCGUACUCGUCACUAAUGAAGGCCGUUCGCCCUGUACUGUUUCGAGAUGCUUCAGCCGCGCGAGUACUGCUGGGAACGAAACCCCCUGGCUACGCUUUGGCGCAUGGAGAGCGAGGCAGUGGCAAGUCAACAAUGCUGCGGGCCUUAGUACACGAAGUACAGACAUCGUCAAGAUUUGGAGCUUUUACGACGAUGGUAGAGUGCCGAAACUUGCGCGGACUCAAGAUGGAGUCGGUGAAGUCGCGGCUGAACGACGUGUUUGAAGAAGCGGCGGCUCACGCUCCAGCGUUAAUUGUCUUCGAUAAUCUGGACGCUCUAGUGCCCGAAGAGGACGAGUCUGCGGGUGCUGCCAACGAACAAUCUCGACGUAUCGCGGAGCUUCUUUUAGUGCUGAUGAACCAGAACUGCCAGCGGAUGUGGAGAGCAACGGCAGAGUUGAACGCGUCGUUCAAGCGUGAAUGUGAAGCUGUCAAGCGUUUGGCCGAGACGCAGAAGAAGAACGCAAGAAGGAAGCUCCUCGAAACUGUCGGCAACGCGAUGCAGAGCAAGAGCGUGGCUGUUGUUGCCGCUGCUCGAUCUGAUACAAGCAUCCACAAGACGUUGCGAGGCUGCGGGCUCUUCGACCGCCCCAUUCAAGUAACAUCGCCGGACGCUGAGCGACGGGAGACCUUGAUUCGCGAGAUGCUGCAGAUGAAGAUUGACAACGCAAACUCGACGGGGAAAGGAGCGAAGGAGUCGAGGCAAAUUGUCGUUGACCCCGCCAUUGACUUCGGCUUGCUGUCGUCCUUGACAGAAGGGUACAGCCUUCGGGAUUUAUCCAGUGCCACGGAUCGGGCUUUGCAUCAAAUGUUCAAGCGACACGCUCUGCUUCAACCCAGCAACAGUUCGGAGGUAAGUCACAAGGUGCAACAAAGCGACUUCGUCGAGGGGAUUGAGGACUUCCAGCCGACGGCACUGAUCGGGGUUGAUCUCUUCAAGAGCUCCAUCAAGUGGAGUGACGUUGGAGGCUUGCAGCAUGUACGAACAGUACUCAAGGAUACCCUGGAGCUCCCGACUCGCUAUGCAAAGCUGUACGACAACACACCGAUUAAGCUCCCGGCUGGAAUGCUGCUAUACGGCCCUCCUGGAUGCGGCAAAACCCUGUUGGCUAGUGCGGUGGCGCAUGAAUGUGGAUUGAAUUUCAUCAGCGUGAAGGGCCCCGAGGUUCUCAACAAGUACAUCGGUGCGAGUGAGCAAGCAAUCCGUGAUCUGUUCGCUCGUGCUGGAUCGGCUGCUCCGUCAGUGCUGUUCCUUGAUGAGUUCGACUCGAUCGCUCCCCGCCGCGGUGCCGAUAACACUGGGGUCACUGAUCGUCUGGUGAACCAACUGCUUACUUUCUUGGACGGCGUGGAGGCCCGAAAGGGUGUCUACGUGUUGGCUGCUACAAGCCGACCUGAUAUGAUCGACCCAGCUCUUCUUCGACCUGGACGCUUGGACAAGUCACUAUACUGCGGUUUUCCGAAUGAGGAGGAGCGUUUGGAUAUUCUUCGCGCGGUCUCCAAAGACAUGGAGCUCUCGGACGAGGCGCAGGAAUACCUUCCUGAGAUUGCCAGCGCUCCGAAAAGUGUGCACCUUUCAGGAGCUGACUUGCAAGCGAUCAUGUACUCAGCACAGCUGGAGCUUGUGCAUGAAAAACUCAACGGCGAUGGCUCAAGCUUGAUCACCAAAGCGCACGUCCAGACAGCGUUCGAGAACGCGAAGCCGUCGACGUCUGAGUCCGCGCGACUCCAGUUCGAGCGCAUGUACGCCGGCUUCUCCAAGGCUCGCAACACGGACUUCUCCGUCGCCGAAGCCGACGUGUCUGCCACCAGCGACUCGCUCAAGUCGCACGUCGCGCACCAACGCACCGCGCUUGCCUGA